UGUAGUUCUGUUAAUGCUCUGCCUAUCUUGACAAUUACACAAUAAUUACAAACGUGGUAUUAUUUACUUUGGAGUUUGGACUUUUGGUUAUGUUUUAUGAAUAAGACGUGUUUUUAGUAAUAUUGAUAAGAUGUUCGAAUGAAAUAAAUUGUAUAUCAUUUUUAAAAUAUCAUAUAAAAAUGGUAUUCAAUCCAGCUAUAACAGUUAGAAGAAUUGAUGUAUUAAUACGUAUUUUAAAUGGACGUCAAAGUAUUUUGGCUCAAAAUCCUGUAAGAGCCUACUCCAGCAAUGAUAAAGUUACAAUUGGUGAUGUAGCUAAGGACAUAAAACCCCCCAAAAGAAUAGAAUAUGUACCGAGAAACUAUUUGACAAUAGAAAGCAGUGAGUUGAAACAUCUAUCACAGAGCACUCUUCGAAAUUUGAGAUGGAUGAUGCAGAAGGAUAUACUAGGUCAAGACAUGUUUUUACUCGGUCGCCCAGGACCAAGCAGACGAAAAGUAGCACUACAGUAUUUAGAGCUCACGCAGAGGGAACUGGAGUAUGUGGCACUCUCAAGAGAUACAACAGAGGCUGAUUUGAAGCAAAGGAGGGAAAUUCAGAGUUCCACUGCUAAAUAUUUCGAUCAGAGUGCUGUUCGCGCGGCUGUUGAAGGUCGUGUUCUUGUCAUAGAGGGCAUAGAAAAGGCGGAGCGGAAUGUACUCCCGGUUCUUAAUAAUCUUCUGGAAAAUAGGGAGAUGCACCUUGAAGAUGGGAGAUUUUUGAUACCUUCAUCUAGAUAUGAUAAAUUGUUAGAGCAACACGGUUCAGAGGAGAUAUCAAAAUGGCGGUUAGUGCGUGUUGACGAGAACUUCCGAGUGAUCGCGUUGGGGCUGCCAGUGCCCAGGUAUGCUGGGCAGCCACUCGACCCCCCGCUUCGGUCCAGGUUUCAGGCGAGAGAUGUCGCCACUGUUGGCUUUGGGGAACACCUAAACGAACUGAUGUCGGAAAUGCCGUCUGUAGACUCCGCAAAGUUGGAGCAGUUGAUGUCUGCAGCAUAUGCUCUGAUCAGCACCGAGCUGCAGCAAGUCAGCCUACCUGACUUCCCCAUUGACAACAUCCAUACAGCCGCCACGGUUUUGGCGAAAAUCCCUAACAUUCCAGUGCACAAACUUCUGUACCUCCUGUACCCUUACAAAACGUUCCUAUCCAAAGAUCACAUUAGAAAUGUUGAAUCUGUCUUACAAAAUCUCAAAAUAGACCUGAAACCUACCUGUCACAUCAAUCUACACGGCGUCCAGCUGAAGGAAAACGAAGCGACGUUUGAUAUAGAAGUUAAUAGCAAUAAGGCGCAGUUUCCCGUGCCGUGUGGGGGCCGUAGAGUGAGAAGGAAUGCGAAGGCUUUCGUAGAAACACAGUAUCAGACCCAAUUGUUAAAUGAGCUUCUGUUGAGCCAUAGUGUUGCUGACUUUUGUGUUAUUGGACCAAAGGGUUGCGGAAAGAGCCUCGUAGUUAGUCAAUUAGCAUCCUUAUUAGGCUACACGAUAGAGCCUAUAGUUCUGUACCAGGACAUGACCGCUAGAGACCUUGUUCAACAGCGGACUACGCUCGCUAACGGCGACACCGUGUGGAGGAAUUCUCCGCUUGUCGAAGCAGCAGUGAAAGGGCACAUGGCUGUUCUGGACGGCUUGCAUAGGAUACAUGCCAGUUGAUACACGACCGGGAGCUGCAACUCCACGACGGCACCAGACUACUGCGUCAUGACAGAUACGACGAGCUCGUCGCGUCCGGCCUCACCCCCCAUGAUUUGGAACAGAGUGGCGUUAGAAGGAUACACCC